GAAGAUGACCUCCUUUAAGGGGUGUGAGGAACGAGGAGAGGCGGUUGCUGCCCUUCGCUUCUUGAGUGCGGGCAUGGGGGGGAUGUUCCUCCUUUCGCCCCAGUGCAGCGUCCCGUUCCCCGCCGCCGGGACCCGAUUUGCCGCAGCUGCUCUGCGGGGCUCUGGGGGGCCCCGGCACUGUGGAAGCCCCACAGAGAAGAACAUGCCAUGUCUUGAUGUGUUCAGGGGCUGGUUGAGUGGAAGAGAGAAGUAACAGGAAGGAGAAAGAAUGGAAAUUCCACUGAGGGAUGCGGAAGAUUCGUUCUUUGCUCAGUGUCUUUGAAGAAGAUGCAGGAACCCUUACAGAAUACACAAACCAGUUGCUUCAGGCAAUGCAACGAGUCUAUGGUGCCCAGAAUGAAAUGUGUCUUGCCACACAACAGCUUUCAAAGCAGCUCCUUGCCUAUGAAAAGCAGCAUUUUGCCUUAGGUAGAGGAGAUGAAGAAGUGAUAUCCACCCUCCAUUAUUUUUCAAAAGUUGUGGAUGAGCUCAAUAAUCUUCAUUCUGACCUGGCAAAACAGCUUGCAGAUACAAUGGUUCUCCCAAUAAUACAAUUUCGAGAAAAAGAUCUCACAGAAGUAAGCACAUUGAAGGAUCUCUUUGGCCUUGCUAGCAAUGAACAUGACGUGUCCAUGGCAAAAUAUAGCAGGUUACCGAAAAGGAAAGAAAAUGAAAAGCUUAAGGCAGAAGUGGCAAAAGAAGUGGCAAAUGCCAGAAGAAAGCAGCACCUUUCAUCCUUGCAAUAUUACUGUGCCCUGAAUGCUCUGCAGUACAGGAAGAGAGUGGCUAUGAUUGAACCUAUGCUAGGAUAUACACGGGGACAGGUAUUGACAGUAAAGUGUCUGCAUCACUUAGACAUGUUCCUGGGAAAGAUCAACUUCUUUAAGAAAGGAGCAGAGAUGUUUUCCAAAAGGAUGGACAGCUUUUUGUCAUCUGUUUCAGACAUGGUUCAGAGCAUACAAGGAGAGCUGGAUGCCGAAGCUGAAAAAAUGAGAAUAUCCCAGCAGGACUUAAUUGCAGUUAAUGAAUCUGUUUACACCCCAGAUUCUGAUGUAAUUUCACCUGCCAUCAAUAGAAAUCUCAUCCAGAAGGCUGGCUACCUUAAUCUUAGAAAUAAAACAGGUCUGGUGACUACAACUUGGGAAAGACUCUAUUUCUUCACUCAAGGUGGCAACUUGAUGUGUCAGCCAAGGGGAGCAGUAGCUGGAGGAUUGAUUCAGGACCUGGAUAAUUGCUCUGUUAUGGCUGUGGACUGUGAAGACAGAAGAUACUGCUUUCAGAUCACUACUCCUACAGGCAAAGCGGGUAUAACCCUUCAAGCAGAAAGCAAGAAAGAAUACGAGGAGUGGAUAUGUGCCAUCAACAACAUCUCCAGACAGAUCUAUCUCACUGACAAUCCAGAGGCAGCUGCAAUCAAAUUAAAUCAGACAGCCCUGCAAGCAGUCACUCCCAUUACCAGCUUGGGGAAAAAACAUGAAGUUCAGCUCCCCAGCCAGACUGUAAAGAAUAUGGAAAAUGCCAAAAUAGUUCCCAGUGGAUCAGCUGGCAUUCAAGACUCCACACAACUCAUUGCUCCUGGAACACCGAUUCAAUUUGAUAUCGUACUGCCUGCUAUGGAAUUUCUGGACCAGAACAGAGGUGGCAGGCGUGCAAACCCAUUUGGGGAAUCUGAAGACAGAAGCAAAGAUGAGGAGGAAGAUUCUCUGCUACAGCAGAUGUUCGUGGUUCGGUUUUUAGGGUCCAUGGCUGUUCAGUCCGAUGAGACAUGUGAGGUGAUUUAUGAAGCCAUGAGACAAGUUCUGGCUGCUCGGGCCAUUCACAACAUCUUCCGUAUGACUGAAUCCCACCUCAUGGUCACCAGCAAGAACCUGAGGUUAAUAGAUCCUCAAACCCAAGUUACACGAGCAAGCUUUGAACUCACCACUGUGACACAGUUUGCUGCCCAUCAGGAGAACAGGAGACUGAUUGGCUUUGUGAUCCACCUCAGUGAGAGUCUGGGAGAAGAAUCCAUGAGUGCAUAUGUUUUUGAGAGCAACACAGAAGGGGAAAAGAUUUGCUAUGCCAUUAGCUUGGGAAAAGAAAUUAUUGAUGCACAGAAGGAUCCAGAAGCAUUAGCUCAGCUAAUGAAGUCUGUGCCAUUAACAAAUGAUGGGAAGUUCAUGCUUCUGAAUGACUUGUCAGAAGAGGAUGGAACCAUGCUUGAAGGAGGGGAGGAAUCAGAAGCAUAAGCAGCUCCUGUCACUUCCUGCAGCCUCUGUGGGAGUAGAAAAGCAGGGAGUCUUUUUGCAAGACUCUCUGGUUUUCAGUCACCUGCGCACACCUGAGGCCAGCUGCCCUUUCCUGCUGGAGAGCAGUGGUUUCUCUGCAGCGGAGUCCCUCUGGAUUUACAGCAGGACUCAGGGCAUUUAGCAUUUGUGAAUGUGUAGGGUGGAACUGUGUCUGGGGAGCUGACAGUCCUGAGUAGGAGGACAGUGCUGCUGGUGGACAGGAGAGCACAGCUGUCAGCAACUGAGGGGUAAUAGCCUUUCUUACAUUUACAGGGCCAGCAGUAUCUCAUUCCACUGAAAUUUGUGUGAGCUGCCAGCUCCUCUGACAAAUAUCAGGCCUCAAAUUUCCUACCAUAGUCAAUUUUCAUAGUUUGCAUGAUUAUGUGCAUCUGAAUGAAGGUUAAAAAUGCACUAUCUACUUUAUUUCAGAUGAAGUUAUUUUUAGUAUAGUUUAUGUGUAACAAGACUUACCUUUUGUGUUAGCCUAUUUACAAAACAAUUUGUUAAACACUAAAUUUUUCCUAUUAAUAUAAUCUAUUUUUAUAAUGCAUCUAGAAAAAAGCUUACAAAACAAAUUUAAGUGCCUACUCUUACCUUCUAGGGGACUGCACUGUCAUUAAUGGACAAAUUGUUCCUCCUUGAUUUAUUAUUCUAAAUACCACUGACAUGCAAACCUCAGAAGUAGGCAACAAAUGUGGAAUGUUAGCUGUGUGCAGCUUUUCUAUGGUCAGAUUUCUUGCCAGAGAUGGUAAUAGUAGGACAAAUAAGUACUUUCAUAGUAAGAAUUCUUUGUAUUUUUAACACUGUGGUGACAUGCAACAGCUGAGUCUAUCAGCAACCUUUGGUUUUAAGAAACUGAGCAAUAAAAUGUUAGAUUACAAGUCUACAAGGUAUUGACAAGUCUUAUAGUACAUUUCGGAGAUUAGACACUAGAGAGAUUUGGCUAAUAAGUUUACAUUUUUUCCAUCCUGAAAACAUCAGCAACAUCACUUUUGAAGAACAAACAAAAUAGACAAAAUAAAGAGCUCUUAGUGGGGGGAGGGGUGUAAUCUGUAGUAUAGUUUAUAUUAAUCAAGAUAAGGUACCUAGAAAAAAUGGCUGAAAUUCCUCAAACUUAAUUUAACUUUUCUCAGUCACCAAGAAACUAGAUUUUCCAUAAGCAGAAUCUGCGCAUCAGUAUCUGAAAGAUCCCAGAUUGGAAGUGUUUGAAAUGGAAUAACUCUAACUUAACUGGUUAUUGAAUGUUUAAAAGUACUGUGAAAGAAAACUGUUAGUAACUGACACAAAAACUUCUUCCAAAAUAAAAACUGAAGCUGUCUUGUUAAAAAAAUUAA